AUGGCGCAGACCCCGCCCGGCGAGAAUGCCUUUCUCCAUCACCUGCACCAGCACACUCACCUCGCGGUCACCCGCGGCACCAUCGCCAAUGCACCCUACAGCUCGCGCCCGCCCAGCCCGCCGUACAUCCACAUCCCCUCGCUCAUCGCCAGCGGCCAGACCUCCAUGUCCAUCGUGCCCAGCUUCACGGGCGUCGUCGACUCGACCCGGCUCACCGAGGCGGACCUGCGCAUCAUCACCCAGGAUAAGAUCCAGAUCGCCCAGGACGCCUCGAGCAACUGGCGCUACGAGGCGCGCCGCGAGGCCCAGCCCAUCCUCGACUUCCUGUACCUGGGGCCCUCCAGCGUCGCCAAGGACCGCGCCUUCCUGGAGGGGAACGGCAUCACCAUGCUCCUCGCCGUGCGCGACGCCCGCAUGGCCCAGGCCCGCCUCAUGAGCGUCGAGCGCACGGCGCAGGCCCUCGGCCUCGUGGCCGAGUACGUCGACGUCGCGGGCCCGCAGGAGAUGAUCCAGGCCCUGCCCCUCGCCGUCCAAAAGAUCAACGACCACCUGCUCGACGUGUACCGCAGCCAGGCCGUGCAAAUCGGCAGCGGCAGCGGCGGCAACGCCAAUGCUAACGGCAACGGUAACGGCACCGCCAGCAACGGCCUCGAGGACGGCCAGAUCGUCAUCGACAACGCCACGUUUCGGCGCGGCAAGGUCCUCGUCUUCUGCGAGACGGGCAACGACCGCUCCGCCGCCAUCGUGGCCGCCUACAUCAUGGCCGUCUUUGGCAUGGACCUCGUGCGCACGCUGCAGUUCAUCGGCCUGCAGCGCUUCUGCGCGACCUUUGACGACGAGACCAAGCACAUGCUGCAGGCCUACGAGGACAUCCUGGCCGCCCGGCGGGCCGUCUCGCGGGACAUGGGCCAGGGCUUCAGCGUCGCGGGCAGCAUCUCGUCCAGCGCUGCGGGCAGCGGCGGCAGGAACCCUUCCAAGAGGGGCAUCGAGGAGACGAUAGACGCAGGCGACGAGGAUGAGGGUCAGGGCGGCCCGUUCGCCUUGGACAGGGAUCGGUAUACCGACCGGCCAGAGUUUGUGCCCUUUGCGGAUGGAGAUAUCAACAUGGAAUGA